UCGCUGGAUUUCAGGAGGACGGAGCAGGCGAGCCGCCGACCUAGUGGACAAGGCUCCAUCACCCAACCGUGGAGAGGUGGCCAUGACUGUUGAGGGCAGGGAGCUUAUCCUCGUGCUGGAGAAAAAUCACGAGCUGCUGUCACCGGAUUACACUGAGACACAUUAUGCAAAGGAUGGACAGGCAGUGACCGUGACCCCCAGCCGUACCGAACACUGUUACUACCAUGGUCAUGUCCGAGGGCACGCGGAUUCCUGGCUGGUGCUGAGCACGUGCUCCGGAAUCAGCGGCCUGAUCACGCUCAGCCAGAAUGACAGCUAUUACCUAAAACCUCCGGGGGACUCAGGAUCCGAGCAUCACGUCAUCUACCGAGCAGAACAUUUGCCUUCUGAAGGCGGCGUCUGCGGGCACGGCGAGCUGCUCCCAAGCAACAUAGCAGAACUUGCACGAGUCUUGAAACCGGCAGCACCCCAGCGGAAAAGGAGAGACGCCUGGAGGACCAUGAAGUACAUGGAGCUUUUCAUUGUUGCCGACUUCGCCCUGUUUCUGUCUCAAAAGCAAAACUUGGGGCGCACCAAACAACGGAUCCUGGAGAUCGCUAAUUAUGUGGAUAAGUUCUACAGGUCUUUGAACAUCAAAGUGGCCCUGAUUGGUCUCGAGGUGUGGACGGAGCGGGACCAGUGCAAAGUGACCAGUGAUGCUAACGCCACCCUCUGGUCCUUCCUGCAGUGGAAGAAGACGCUGAAGUCUCGGAAGAAACAUGACAACGCCCAGUUGCUGACAGGUGUGACCUUCAAAGGGACCACGAUUGGCAUGGCUCCGCUGGAGGGGAUGUGCAGCGCGGAGAACUCUGGUGGUGUGAGCAUGGACCAUUCGGAUCUGCCUGUGGGUGCUGCAGCCACCAUGGCCCAUGAAAUUGGCCACAAUUUUGGGAUGAGCCACGACGCCGAGGGCUGCUGCGUGGAGGCCACGGCGUCCGAGGGAGGCUGCGUCAUGGCUGCCGCAACAGGCCACCCCUUUGCGAAAGUGUUCAGCUCCUGCAGCCGGAGGCAGCUGGAAAACUACUUCCAGAAGGGGGGCGGCAUGUGCUUGUUCAACAUGCCCGACACGAAGGACUUGGUGGUGGGCAAGAAGUGUGGGAAUGGAUUCCUGGAAGAUGGCGAGGAAUGCGACUGUGGGGAGGUGGAGGAGUGCACGAACCCCUGCUGCCAUCCUCAGAACUGCACACUGAAAGCAGAAGCAGAGUGCGCCCACGGGGAAUGCUGCCGCAGCUGCAAGCUCAAGACUGCGGGGACCAUGUGCCGAGAACCAGCUGGGUCCUGUGACCUCCCGGAAUAUUGCACCGGAGCUUCCCCCUACUGUCCCACCAACGUCUACCUGCUGGAUGGCACCCCAUGCUCCUAUGGGGAAGCGUUCUGCAGCAAUGGCAUGUGUAUGACCCACCACCAGCAGUGCAUCCACCUGUGGGGACCAGGAGCCUGGCCAGCGCCCGAUGCAUGCUUCCAGGAUGUGAACACAGCGGGGGACAUGUACGGAAACUGUGGCAAGGACAGCCUUGGAAAUUUUGUCAAAUGUGCCAUGAGAGAUGCCAAGUGUGGCAAGAUUCAGUGCCAGAGCUCCGCUAAGAAGCCCAAGGGGACCAACACCGUCUCCAUGGACACCACCAUCCGGUUUAAUGGGCGGGAGGUGAAGUGCCGAGGGACGUUGGUUUAUGCUACGAAGGACGAUGAAGGGGACAUGUCAGACCCAGGGCUGGUGAUGACGGGGACCAAAUGUGGAGAUGGAAUGGUCUGUAAAGAUCAGCGUUGCGUGAAUGCUUCCUUCUUUGAACUGGAGAAGUGUCUCGCCCAAUGCCAUGGACAUGGGGUUUGCAACAGCAACCGGCACUGCCACUGUGACGCAGGCUGGGCUCCUCCGUUUUGCAAGAAGGCAGGCCUGGGGGGCAGCGUGGACAGUGGCCCUGUGCAGUAUGAUGAUCAUGAAGCCGUCUUAGUAGCCCUCCUACUGGUCUUCUUGCUGAUUCUACCAGCUUUAGCUCUUGGAGUGUAUUUUUGCUACCGACGGGAGAACUCCUACCUCAACAAGUGGAUCAAAGGCUUAAGGAAGAGCCAAGAGACAUACAAGAAUGGUGCCAUCCGUCGGAAAGCCACUGUGGGGCACUCCAACUCAGCCUUCACUUUGCAAGACGUUUCCUCUUCCUCCUCCAGGAAAGCCGUGAGCAGCAGUUUCCGCCCAGUGCCAAGGAGCAUUUUCCCGCCCAAGUCAAACCCUCUUCAAAGUGCCUCUCAACCUGUCAACAUUGUCCACCCCCUCUGCCCCACCCCCGGCCCGACAGCUCCUCUUCAGAAAGACCUCAAGCCCUCCAGGCCGCCUCCGCUGCCCAUCCACAAAUCUCCGGCCAUUCCCACCAAAACGCACUUUGAGGCACAGAACAAACUGCCUCCGCCAAAGAAGCCUCUUCCCACCAGUCCUGUCCGGACACCUUUGGUCAACCCAAGCCAAAGGCCACCUCGCAGGCCUCUUCCAGGAAACCCUCUUCUGGCUAAAGAGCCGCCGUCAGCUCCGGGUCGGGCCUUGCUGGUCAUGGUGCCUCCCACCAACUUUAAGCCAGUGGGUAUCAGUUCCACAGGCCCCGUCUCCAAGCCACUCAAGUCAGUGCCACCUCAGAGGUGAGUUUUAUCUUGUUGCUGCUGUAAGAAA